GCUGGAGAGGAGGAGGAGCAGCAGCAGGAGCAGGAGCAGGAGCUACCCUGCUUUCUUUCUCAUCUCAGAGCUCCCGAAUCCAUUGAGUUAGAAUUACAGAUUCAGCCGAAGUUUGGCUCGCCUGCCUGCAGCGGGGGAGAGAGCGGCGGUUCCAGCUAGUGACCGGAAAGCCUACCUGGAGAUCCUUCUAAGACGGCAUCUCCAGCUUUGCAGCCAAGGAAUCCCCUGCCUGCCUUUCAUCUGCUGGAUUUCUGGGCUGUGCCUUGCUUCCUAUCAUCAAGUUUGCACCGCUCCUUGACAGGGAGGCUGCUUGGCACUCGAGCCCGUCAGUUUGGUGCAGCUAACAGUAGCUUCUUCGUGCUCCUUGCCAGGAGGGCGAUCAGGAAUGGGCUUUGUCUUUGUUAGAAAGUUCAUUAUGUAGCUUCUGUGUGCCGUUGACAAAUUCUCCAGCAUGGUUUUCUUUUAAGGAAAAUCACUUGGGUUCUAUAGUUGAGCAUUAAUUUCCCCCCCUUUUCCUUAAUCCUCAUUUUGGGUGUAGUAGCAAGUUACCUGAUAAGGAAGUCAAAUUGGGAUCCAAAGGCAUAUGUUGGACUUGAGAGUUAGACACAUGUCUCUCUUGGGCGGCAUGAUGCUCCAGGCCCACUGCAGCAGCCAAUGAUGUUUGCUAGGAAUAGAUUGAAAAGAUCAGGACGUGGCAUUGCCUUUCCAAAAAACUCUCUAGGAAGCAUCCUGGCCAGAAAGAAGGGGAAGAAGCAAAAAAACCCUCAGAUCCUGAGGGAGAAAAUGAAGAGAUUGUUGCAGGAACCUCAAGAGAAAAGCUCUGUAAACCCAAAUACUUCGUCAGGGCUUUCUUCAGCUGAUUCAGGGUCAGCUGUGAUCAAUUGUGAUACCAGGAAUAAGCCCUCAAACCCUAUUGAGAUCUCUUCUCAGGAUAGGACUUUGCUGUCUACUUGUUGUGACCAAGUGGUCACAGUUAAGAGUGAGAAGGCAGACAUGACUUGCAGUGAUUGCUCGGGGCAAUCCAGUGGCCCUGGCUUAGAUGAAGCCCAGUUGGGUAAGAGGCAGCUUGGCACCUCAAAGCCUGACUUUCAGGACAUCUCCUCUGGGAGCCCUGGCACUAGUCAGCAGGAACUCCCUGAAAAAGAAAGAAACAAGCCCUCUCCAUCCAAAGGUGAUAGCCCCAAGAAGCAGCCAGAACCUUCUGGAGACGUGGUAGACUACAUUGUGAAAGAGCUACAAGGGAUCAGCCGCCUCCAAAUGGAGAUUGCUGAGCUUCAGCAACACCUGAGUUUGGUCAAAGGCUCUGUGGAUGAGGUAUCCAGCUGUGUGGAUUCAGUGCUGAGUGAGAUUGAGGGAUUACAGGUGGGUGGCAAUCCCUCUACAGCCAAGGCAUGUAUGAUGGGGAAAACCAAGGAGUCCCAUCUGGAAAGGCUCAGGGAGGAGCCUACCUUGUAUUUUUAUGGCCUUCCUGAGCAAGAUGGGGAAAACACAACAGAGCUUGUAAAUAGCUUCCUGGCCAAGCACCUUUGUGUUAAUGGCAUCCAGUGUAGCAAGUAUAUCAGGGAUGCUCACCGGGCCAAUGUGGCUGUGGGCAAGGCCCAUGAUCCCCGGCCCAUGAUUGUCAGGCUUGUACAUCCUGAGCAGAGAGACUUCAUUUUGCAAAAAUCGAUUCUCUUACAAAGUGUAGGGGUCCAGAUUGCAACACAGGAAGAGCCCAGCUGGUCGAAAGGUUGGAGCCCUCAGAUGGACUCCAUUUCAUUGUUUCAGCGAGGGUUGCAGGAUCAUCCCUGGCGCUCUUUGAGCCUUGAUGAAGGGGUUCUACAUGCCAAUAAAAGGGACAAGGCACAAAAAACAGAUGCUGACUGGGUCAGAGCUCAGAAUCAAAGUGGGGAUUCCCAGGGCCAAAAGCUUUGUUUUCCAUCCAAGGUUACCCCAGCAAAAAGAAACAGUAUGGUGGCCGAGCCUUUGGAAGAAGUUGGGAAAGCAGCCCAAAUGGUCUUUUGCAACCAUGGAAACCAGACUAGACCACAGAGGGAGGCCCUUUCAUCUGUUUUGCAGGAGAAAAAGGGCUCUGUCUUAGAGUCCAUCCCCACGGAGGAAGAUUCUGGGAAAGCACAGGAGUUUCCACAGCACCCUUGUGAAGGAGUUUUGUGCACAGAAGCAAAACAAGUUGUCCAUAGCAUUAAAGAGAAAGCCAACCACUGUCCAUCUCUUGAGGGUACCAGAGCAGAGAAGGGCCAACUGCUGGGUUGUGGAACCGGACUUGAGAUUCUGAGCCGAGAGCAAUUAAAUUCACUUUUAACAGAUGAGUCCAGAAGGCUGAUGACUCUAAGUCAUGAAGACACAAUGGAUGAAGUGACCAUUGGACCUGAGGCUUUCAAAGACAUGGUUCAUAUUAACUUAAAUGAGGAAGAGGAGACUGCUGUGCAGGUCCUUAGGGAUGCUUUGGAUAGCUCCUCAUAUGUUUUGGAUGCCUCACAGGAAGAUGAAGAUGGCACGGAUGUGAAGUUUUAUACAAAUAAAUUAGGAAAAGCAAUUCAUCAAUUCAAAUCAGCUCUUCAAGGAGUAUUUCAGAAGCUGGAGAGCAGUGAUUCCUUCAGUCCUGAAGGCCUGGAGAGCAAUGAGAGUGGCUCCCAAACUGAUGACAGUGAUGGGCCACUGCAGAUGUUGAGCCCAGGAGACAGAGACUACUUAGUAGAAAGCCCCUCAAGUAGGGGAAGUGAGAGCUUGGCUAGUGAGGCUGCCACCAGUGAACUGAUUGUUUCCAGACGUAAAGAACAAGCCCAUUUGGACCAUAGAAGCCUUUCUCCUGCUUCCAAUGAUUCUCUGCUCUCUUGUUCAUUGCCAUGUUCUGAUUUGGAUGUCUCUCUAGGACAGCUGAAGCCCAUGAGCAGCCUUGGAGAUGAGACUUAUUCAAGGCCUCAGGAACCCAAAGAUGGAAAAUUGAGCCUAGAGCAAGUGUGUGCAGAGACUAUAUACCUCAACAAGUGCAUCAACAACUUCAAAAAUGUACUGAGAGAAAAGAGACUAACGCAGAAGAAACUUUUACAGGAAUUAGUUCAGGAGGCAAAUUGUCUUUCAGCUGAAGAAAUAUAUUCAGAAGGAAGGCAACAAGCCCUUCAGGCUCCUGAUGAUGAUGAUCCCUCUAGGCAGCUGUGGCUCCCCAGCGGGUCAGCUGGUGGACUCUAUGGCAUUGACAGCAUGCCAGACCUACGCAAAAAGAAACCACUUCCCCUCGUCAGCGACUUGGCCAUGUCACUGGUCCAGUCCAGAAAGGCAGGAAUCACAUCUGCAUUAGCUACGCGGACCUCCCUCAAAGAUGAAGAACUGAAAUCUCACGUGUACAAGAAAACCUUGCAAGCCUUGAUCUACCCUAUCUCCUGCACCACUCCUCACAAUUUUGAAGUGUGGACAGCCACUACACCCACCUACUGCUAUGAAUGUGAAGGCCUUCUGUGGGGCAUUGCUCGGCAGGGCAUGCGCUGCACUGAGUGUGGUGUGAAGUGCCAUGAAAAGUGCCAGGAUCUGCUCAAUGCUGACUGCCUGCAAAGGGCAGCAGAAAAAAGCUGCAAGCAUGGUGCCGAGGACCGAACUCAAAAUAUCAUCAUGGCUAUGAAGGAUCGCAUGAAAAUACGUGAGCGGAAUAAGCCAGAGAUUUUUGAUGUUAUUCGAGAUGUCUUUACUGUGAGCAAAGUUGUCCAUGCCCAGCAGAUGAAGACAGUGAAACAGAGUGUGCUAGAUGGUACCUCCAAGUGGUCAGCCAAGAUCACCAUCACAGUGGUGUGUGCUCAGGGUCUGCAGGCCAAGGAUAAGACUGGCUCCAGUGACCCCUAUGUUACUGUGCAAGUUGGAAAAACGAAGAAACGAACAAAGACCAUCUUUGGCAACCUGAAUCCUGUUUGGGAGGAAAAGUUCCAUUUUGAGUGCCAUAACUCUUCAGAUCGAAUCAAAGUACGAGUGUGGGAUGAAGAUGAUGACAUCAAGUCAAGAGUGAAGCAGAGGCUGAAGCGGGAGUCAGAUGACUUUCUUGGCCAGACCAUCAUUGAAGUACGAACCCUGAGUGGCGAGAUGGAUGUCUGGUACAACUUGGAAAAGAGGACAGAUAAGUCUGCUGUCUCAGGGGCAAUCCGGCUGCAUAUCAGUGUGGAAAUAAAGGGGGAAGAGAAGGUAGCACCAUAUCAUGUGCAAUAUACAUGUCUCCAUGAGAAUCUGUUCCAUCAUCUCACAGACAUCCAGGGCAGUGGAGGAGUCCGAAUCCCUGAGGCCAAAGGGGAUGAUGCAUGGAAGGUUUAUUUUGAUGAGACAGCCCAAGAAAUUGUGGAUGAAUUUGCCAUGCGCUAUGGCAUUGAGUCAAUAUACCAGGCCAUGACGCACUUUGCAUGUCUGUCCUCCAAGUACAUGUGUCCUGGUGUACCAGCAGUGAUGAGCACUCUGCUUGCCAACAUUAAUGCCUACUAUGCCCAUACCACAGCUUCCACCAAUGUCUCUGCCUGUGACCGUUUUGCAGCCUCUAACUUUGGGAAAGAGAGAUUUGUGAAACUGCUGGACCAAUUGCAUAACUCAUUGCGAAUCGACCUCUCCACAUACCGGAACAAUUUCCCUGCUGGGAGUCCUGAAAGGCUGCAGGAUCUGAAAUCCACUGUGGAUCUUCUCACCAGCAUUACCUUCUUUAGAAUGAAGGUACAAGAACUGCAGAGUCCACCGCGUGCCAGCCAGGUAGUGAAGGACUGUGUGAAGGCCUGUUUGAAUUCCACUUAUGAAUACAUCUUCAACAACUGUCACGAGCUGUACAACCACCAGUACCAGACUGAAAAACAGGAACUGCCUCCAGAGGAUCAAGGCCCCAGUAUCCGGAAUCUGGAUUUCUGGCCCAAGCUCAUUACUCUCAUUGUGUCCAUCAUCGAAGAAGAUAAAAAUGCCUAUACAUCUGUCCUGAACCAGUUCCCCCAGGAGCUGAAUGUGGGCAAGGUCAGUGCAGAGGUGAUGUGGCACCUAUUUGCCCAGGACAUGAAGUAUGCCUUGGAAGAGCAUGAGAAGAACCGACUCUGUAAAAGCGCUGACUACAUGAACCUGCACUUCAAGGUGAAGUGGCUUCACAAUGAGUAUGUUCGUGACCUGCCUGUCCUCCAGGGAAAGGUGCCUGAAUACCCAGCGUGGUUUGAGCAAUUUGUGCUGCAGUGGCUGGAUGAGAAUGAGGAUGUGUCCCUGGAGUUCCUGCAUGGUGCCCUUGAGAGAGACAAGAAAGAUGGGUUCCAGCAAACAUCGGAGCACGCGCUCUUCUCCUGCUCCGUGGUGGAUGUCUUCACACAACUCAACCAGAGUUUUGAAAUCAUUCGGAAACUGGAAUGCCCAGACCCUGGCAUCCUUGCCCACUAUAUGCGGAGAUUUGCCAAGACCAUUGGAAAGGUGUUGAUGCAAUAUGCAGAUAUUUUAGCCAAGAAUUUCCCUUCCUAUUGUGACAAGGAGAAACUGCCUUGCAUCCUAAUGAACAACGUGCAGCAGUUGAGAGUGCAACUGGAGAAGAUGUUCGAGGCCAUGGGGGCCAAGGAGCUAGAUCCUGAGGCAGGAGACAACCUGAAGGAGCUUCAGGUGAAACUGAACACCGUUCUCGAUGAGCUGAGCACGGUAUUUGGGAACAGUUUUCAGACUCGGAUUGACGAGUGCGUUCGACAGAUGGCUGACAUCCUGAGUCAGGUGCGCGGCCCGGGGAAUGUGACCCCCAACACCAGAGGCUCAGUGGCUCAGGAGGCAGACGGUGUGCUCCGACCCCUCAUGGACUUCCUGGACAGCAACCUCACGCUCUUUGCCACGGUGUGUGAGAAGACGGUGCUGAAACGGGUGCUAAAGGAACUGUGGCGGGUGGUGAUGAACACCAUGGAGAAAACAAUUGUGCUGCCCCCACUUACGGACCAGACGGGGCCCCAGUUGAUCUUUACAGCUGCCAAAGAGCUAAGCCAUCUCUCCAAACUCAAGGACCACAUGGUACGGGAGGAGACACGGAACCUCACCCCAAAGCAGUGUGCUGUCCUUGACCUUGCACUGGACACCAUCAAGCAAUACUUUCAUGCCGGUGGCAAUGGACUGAAGAAAACGUUUCUUGAGAAGAGCCCAGAUCUGCAGUCCCUUCGCUACGCCCUGUCCCUCUACACACAGACCACAGACACACUUAUCAAGACCUUUGUGCGGUCACAGACUGCCCAGGUGCAUGAUGGGAAGGGUAUUAGGUUUACUGCAAAUGAGGACAUUCGGCCGGAGAAGGGGUCAGGUGUGGAUGAUCCUGUGGGAGAAGUCUCCAUCCAAGUGGAUCUGUUUACACAUCCUGGGACUGGGGAACACAAGGUCACAGUGAAAGUGGUGGCUGCCAACGAUCUCAAAUGGCAGACAGCAGGCAUGUUCAGGCCUUUUGUGGAGGUGACCAUGGUUGGCCCACACCAGAGUGACCGAAAAAGGAAAUUUACAACCAAGUCCAAGAGCAACAACUGGGCCCCCAAGUACAAUGAGACGUUUCACUUCCUUUUGGGGAAUGAGGAAGGGCCUGAUGCCUAUGAACUUCAGGUGUGUGUGAAGGACUACUGCUUUGCACGUGAGGACCGGGUGCUGGGGCUAGCAGUGAUGCCAUUGAGGGAGAUGGCAGCCAAAGGUAGCUGUGCCUGCUGGUGCCCCCUGGGCCGUAAGGUCCACAUGGAUGAAACAGGCCUGACUAUUCUUCGGAUUCUGUCCCAGAGAAGCAAUGAUGAAGUGGCUCGAGAGUUUGUGAAGCUCAAAUCAGAGUCUCGCUCCUCAGAGGAAGGGAGUUGAGUCUCCCAUCCCAUGUGCCAACCUGGGCAACUGUGCCUGCCUUCCUUCAUAUCAUCGAAUUCCCAUCCUCCUCCCUGCCAGGCUCAUGGAAGUUAGCUGUGGAGUAGCCUUUGAUCAUCUGUAGCCAAGAAGUUGAUGCCUGAUUUUUAGGAGAAAUUCUGGGAGGGAAAAUUUUCUCACACAGGCACUAGGCUUCAAGGAUAGCCAGGAGAGUUUUUCCUUAAGAACCAAACCAAACUUAUCCUCUUUCUCAUCUCUUCUCUCCCCACUCCUAAACACACCCCCCCCCCCAUUUAAAUGUAUCCACGUUACUCAUAUGAAGAAAGUCGGGGGAUCUAGAAUGGUUGGUAGUGAAUGUCUAAUGAACAGCGGAGUUGGCUAGACCCACAGAUGUGCCUGAUACCUGUAGUCCAGGGAAACCUCAUUGGUAAUCCUGAGGGUGUCACCAAGAGCUGAAGUGCCUGAGCAGAGGCUGCUUUCAUCUUGCUGCUUCAAGCCCCAAGGACAAAAAGUAGAACUGGAACUUGCCAGGGAUAAAUUAUUCCCCACUUCUGGGCCUUGGCCUAAGAGCAAGUCCCUUUAUUGCUGGCCCUGAAGAGGGAGUUUCCAGAAGCUUUUAAAAGUGUCACAAUCAGAACAGAUUCACAUGGUGCUUAGGAGUCUGGGAGAGUGUCUUUGGGUUGGCCCAGCCUGGGUUGCUGCUAUGAAUGUGAACAAACAUAAGCAGAAGGGGAAGGUUUUUUUCUUUCUGGGCUAGAUCCUGAGAUAAAUCAGUGGCUACAGGAGUUGGAUUUGGGAAGAAUUUUCUUGCCCCGCUCACCUUCUGUAGAGGGUGAUGUCCCACUGAUAAGUAGGACUAACCAGUCCCUGUUACCCCUCUUGGUCAACAGGUAGGACUCUCUGGAUUUUUUUUUUUUUUUUUUUGGUAUGGACUUUCUUUAGACACUUGUACAGCUAUAUGAAGUGGGAUUUGGAUUUACCUGGCAUGCUUCUAGGAUUCUCGGGAACUUGAUGUCCACAGAUACACUGCCCAAAACACUAAAAAAGAAAUCAAGGCAUUUUUGCUGUUGUUAAUCAUUGUAUGUGCCAUUGUUGCAGAAGAUUAUAGGAUAGACUUUAAUAAAUUAUCUUUUAGCAGCA